AGAGGGCCCGGGCCAAAGGUGACGCUGAGACGACUGAGAUACUGAGAGCUGGGCGGGCUGUGAGAGCGAGCUACGGCAACACUUCGGGCGCUCUUCCCCAUGUCUCUGCGGUGAAUGGCGGCGGGAUGGAGCACGAGGGGAGCGGCGGCAGCGGAGGGUCAGCCGGGCUCCUGCAGCAGAUCCUGAGCCUGAAGCUCGUCCCGCGAGUGGGCAACGGGACCCUGUGCCCCAACUCCACUUCUCUCUGCUCCUUCCCAGAGAUGUGGUAUGGCGUGUUCCUGUGGGCACUGGUGUCCUCUCUCUUCUUUCAUGUCCCCGCUGGAUUACUGGCCCUCUUCACCCUCAGACAUCACAAAUAUGGUAGGUUCAUGUCUGUAAGCAUCCUGUUGAUGGGCAUCGUGGGACCAAUAACUGCUGGAAUCUUGACAAGCGCAGCCAUUGCAGGAGUGUACCGAGCAGCAGGAAAGGAAAUGAUUCCGUUUGAAGCCCUCACCUUCGGCACCGGACAGACAUUUUGUGUGGUGGUGGUCUCCUUUUUACGGGUUUUAGCUACUCUAUAGCAUAGACCCUUAUGCUAUGAUGUUGAACUUAAGUUUCAUAGAAUCCUCAAAAAUAAUAUGAUACGGAAUGUAGUGUUUUCUUAGUUCUUCAAAUGGAAGCAACUUGGAUGAAAAAGUAUGUGAAGAACAGCAACUCCGCCUUUUCUUCAAUUUGAAGCUCCAGGAAGUGAAGAUCCUUUUGGACUCUUAUUGUUCUCAACCAAACAAAUCAAGUUUUAUUUUGUUUGUUUGUUUUUUAUAUUUAAUUUAAGCAGUUUUACAGGUGCACCUUUACCCAAAGCCAGGUCAGCUGUGCUUCUGGGUCAGCAGUCUUCGCACUGAAAUUCACAAUAUUGUGUGAGAAAAUGCAGUGAUGUAUAUUUCAGAAAAACUAUGGAAAAUAUUGGUUUAUUUCUAAGCAGACUAUACUGUACUAAAAAUCUUACUUGAUCUAAUCUUGAUUGAAAUUUGGCAGACUUUUUUUUGCUACACCUUCACGAUAGUAAGUGCCAAAUAGUUAUGAUUGAAUAUAGCUUUGUGAACAAAUUUGGUGAAAUAAAACAAAAAAAAUCUGUAACACAAGUAGUGACUUUGAUUCCACUGUUCUUUAAAAAAGGAGCUAACUACUGAAUGAUGUGACAUUCUAUGGAUAAGUAUCUUGACCUCUGAUUAUUUAAUAUAUUUUAAAAGAUGUGAAUUUGUUGUUUUAUACAUUUUAUCAAAAUAAGCUAGCUAAUUGAGACUUUUUUCCUCCAGAAUUCCAGUACCACCUUUCCCCGUUACUUCUAUUAAUUUUAUUUAGUUUAAUUGGAAAAAGAUCCUAUUAAAUAACUCAAGUUGAAAAUUUUAACCCACAUGGGUUAGGGUAUUCUUGACAUUAAGGCACAUAAAAAAGAUAUUUAAAACAUUCUGUUGUAGUUUUUCUUAGUGACUGGUUUAUUACGGGCUCUUGAAAAAUUAAUAGAAGUGCAGCUUAAACUAGUGUUAGGGUUAUCGAUUUCUUUGUUUUAAUAGCUACUUAGUCUUCUUAGUUACUUAGUGGUGGCUGUCACUUCCAGAAAGUGCCUAAAGUUUAAUUUUCAGAUAUGCCUUCCACUGCUUCCUUUAGAUUUUCCUUUAAGAGAAUUUAUGUCCUUAAAGAACAUUAAAUAUUGAGAUUUUUUUCUUUUUUAUCCUCAUCCAAGGACAUGCUUAUUGAUUUUUAGAGAGAGGGAGAGAGAGAGAAGGAGAGAAACAUCAAUGUGAGAGAGAAACAUCGAUCAGCUGCCUCUCAUACCUGCCCCAACUGGAGACUGAACCAGCUGCCCAGACACAGGCCCUGAUGGGGAACGGAACCUGCCACCUUUCAGUUCACAGACACUGCUCCAACCAUCUGAGCCACACCUGCUGGGGCAAAUAUUAAGAGGCUUUUAAAAUCCAAUUUUAGCUUUUUAAAUUUUUCUUUUACUGCCUAAUGAUCUUUUUCGUUAAAAGGCCUGAAAACUGUGACCUUCAAAACAGAAAGGAUGGCAAAAACCGAAACUGUUUUGUAUAGAAUACAAUCAAUGUUGUUGUUAUCUGUUCUCAAAAUAACAUCUGGUAAUUAAGUUUGACAUUUUUUGAAGGAAAGUUUUAUUGUGAGAGUAAGAUUGACAGCCCAUGAGGUCACAUACACACAGUUUCACUCAAAGAAAUACCCAUUCUGGCUUCUGAUUAAAAACAGCCAGGGGGACCAAUUUAUCAGGGAUAGUCAAAAGAGAAAAAUUACAAAGGGAUCACAAAAAUUAACUGGACAUUUUCUUUCCACUAAAGGCCAUUAGACCACUUGUCAAAGUUAUAGUGACAUAUACUCAGCCUAGGUAGAAAAUUACAGGUAGAGUUGGAAUGCAGACAAAAGUCUUUAUAAACACCCAAGGUUACUCUCCAAUGUUCAAAUCUUUCUUUCAAGCAACUUUUAAGCCUUUAAUUAAAGACUCCAUUUUUCAACUCAAGGAGCUGUGAUUUUGAAAAGUAGCCCUUAAGUCUAAGAAAUUUGGAAUAUAUCCUCUAUUAUAAGAAAUGAUUUUAACAAUCUCUAUUGAAAGAUGCCUCAGCGUUCUCCCCUAAAACAUUCUUUUGGAUAGAAUUUCACAAAUUGAACAAGUGGGCCAGUGAUUGGUAGACCCCUCCCCCAGAGUACUAAUUUAAAAACCAUAUUGAUUUAUGAUUUAAAUGUUUGGUUAUUUUUCUUUUAGAGCCAAGACACAAAAAAUUAACGCAUUUUGAAAGGUGUUUCCUGUUUUCAUCCUUCCAUAUUUGCUAUAUUUUGAUUAUCUGCUCUUUUCAAAAACUUCAAAUAUAAAAUGUAUCCUCAAACUGAAUGUUUUCUCCAUCCAAGUGUGUGAACAUUCUUCUGUGAAUAUAUGUGUAUAUAGUUUAUAUAAAUUGAGUUUUGCAGCUUGAAAUGUUUUUAGGACCAAACUAUUUGAAUGAUAAAAAAUGGCUGUCCCUCCUUAUUUUUUUUAUUUGAUUGUUUUAAAUUUCUCAUUUCAAAUACACAAUUAUUUGGGAGUAGUUGCUCAAAUGAAAAAAUAUUGGCAUUUGUAUUGAACAUUGUAUUUUACUGUACAGUUUUUUGAUAAUUAUUACCAACACCUGGCUUUCUUAAGACACAUGCACAACUACCCCAACCCCCAGCUGUAUAUUCACUUUUUUUCUUUUAAUGUGGAGAAAGGAGACAGCCCUCAACCAAAAAGCUGAUUUCUAGAUUCUUUACGAUGGGUGUUUCAGGGUAAAGGCAUUUUGCAAAAACUUAGGUCCACAUUUAAAUGCAUAAUGAAUGUUCGGAGAGAACCAUGGCUCUUUGUGCUAUUAACCGCCCCCUUUUUUUUUCCAUGAAAUAUUACUUCUUAGGAAAUGUCUAGCCUAGUGAGAAAAACUUCAUGCAAUUAUUACCUUUAAGUAAUAAUCCUUCUGUUUUUUAAGUUUUUUAAGUCGUAUGUUGGCUCUUGAUGCCCUUUCUCACUGCUCUGGUUUGAAUUAAGUUCCUACUACAACUGCAGUGCAUAUACCCUUCCCUGAGACGCCAUGUCCUGGAAUGUGAAACCCUGGUGCCGUGAGCGGUCCAUAGGCAGAAACUUCUAUGUACCUGCAUUUCUUUUUGUGCACUCUCUGAGGCUGGUUGUGACUAAAAUCAGCUUAACUUUUUGUAUUAGAUUAUUUCACUAACUGCUACAGUCAAACUGAUCAACUAUUUGUAUGAUAGAAAAUUAUUUAAAUUUUAUUUUUCUACUGACAUUCCUAAUUCUGGUAUAAAUGUUUAUCAAUAAAGAAUUACUUUUAAUUCUGUGAA